CACCCGAAACCAACGGAUAGGCAAUAUAACCCGAUAAUGAUCACGUUCGUUUGAAACAGCUCAACAAAGGAUGAACGUGGUGAAACUAUUAUUUAUUUAAUACAUAUUGAUGACGCGUAUGGCACGUUUCAACUUAUUUGCUUCUGAUGCAUGAUUUAUUCCAUAUGUCGCGGCUAUCUAACAACGAUAACAAUGGAUUAAUUUUUUCCUUCGAUAAGAUAAAGUAGAAUGUAGCUCAUCCUUCGAUCUGGCCAAUAUAAAAUUAAUGAAUCCGAUUCAGAUCAGUUUAGCCGCUAACAUGAAGAAGUCACACAAUCUUUGUACAUUCUUACCCCAACGAGUCAUCGUCGGGAUAAUGGGUUUCUUCGCGAUUGCCGCGCAAUACACAAUUCGACAAUGUUUGUCCGUCGCUAUCACUGCAAUGACCGUAAAAAUCGACGAACCGGGAGGAGGACACAAAAUGGAUGCAAAGCUUGGCGAUAGAUAUGAAUGGUCGCAAACCUUACAAGGUUGGAUUUUGAGUAGUUUUUACAUUGGCUAUGUGAUUACACACAUACCGGGAGGUCUAAUAGCAGAAAAAUUCGGUGGCAAAUGGACGAUGGCUCUGGGAAUUUUCGUAAUGGCCAUUUUGAAUGCUUUGACACCAUUGGCCAUUGAAUUUGGUGGCCAUAUCGCAUUGAUAACAAUACGAAUUGCUCAGGGACUUGCUGGAGGCACAACAUAUCCAGCUCUAAGCGUUAUGUUGGCUGCUUGGGUACCUGAAAAAGAGAGAGGCAAACUUGGAUCGGUUGUAUUCGGUGGCGGUCAAAUUGGAUCGCUGGUGUCAUUUGCCAUAUCUGGUGUGAUUUCUGAUCGUUUCCACUGGUCAAUGGUGUUCUAUUUCUGGAGUGUUAUUGCAAUCAUUUGGUUCAUUCUAUUUGUUGCAAUUUGUUACAAUGAUCCCGAUUCGCAUCCACACAUCACACAAAAAGAGCUGGACUAUCUCAAAAAGGAAAUGGGUCAGACAAAACGGAAUGACGAUAUGCCGCCAACACCGUGGAUGUCGAUUCUAACAAGUGUUCCAGUGUUUGCCUUAAUCUGUGGUCAAAUCGGACACGAUUGGAUAUUCUAUAUUAUGUCCGCCGAUAUGCCGAAGUACUUGACAGACGUUCUCAAAUUUACAACCACUGAUGCGGGCCUGUACUCUGCGUUACCUUACUUGGUUAUGUGGGUCUUUUCGAUUGUGUCUGGUUUUGUAUCCGACUUCUUGAUUGUUCGCAAUAUCACUACGAUUACACAAGCGCGUAAAAUAUUUACGGCUUUAGGUGGCGUGUUCCCUGCAAUUUUCUUAGUCGGCGCAUCCUAUGCUGGGAAUGACAAAGUACUUAUCAUACUACUAUUCACAUUAACCAUGGGUUUCCUCGGCAAUUUUUAUCCAGGAUUGAAAGUCAAUGCAUUAGACUUGAGCCCCAAUUAUGCUGGCAGUCUUAUGGCACUCACAAAUGGCAUCGGUGGCAUUACAGGCGUCUUGGCUCCACCAUUUGUUGGACUCAUGGCACCACAGUCGACACUUGAACAAUGGCGUUUCGUUUUCUGGAUUACAUUUGGAGUUUCGAUUGUGAGAAUAAUUAUCUUUGUUAUGUGGGGUUCUGCCGAAAUUCAACCAUGGAACAAUCCGCAAAGUAAAACCUCACCGGAAUCCGGUACUCAGAAUAAAAAGGAAGAAAAUGGCAAUACUUCAGAAGAUCGAAAAGGAGAAAACUGUAAUACUUCAAGGAAACGAUAUGAUUCAGAGCAUCUACACGAUGAAAUACGGCAAAAUAAUGCACAAGUUUUCACUACAGAAAAAUCAACGAGAUAUUGAAAAGAAAUGGUACAAAACAAUGGAUUUAUUAUUAUUUUUAAUACUUUUAUUAAAAUUGAAAAUUAAUCUAAGCCAAAAAUAAAAAAGAUGGUUUUGAUUUAAAUUUAUGAAU